CAUGUCAAAGUGAAUUGUUUGUGGUAAGAUUUUUUAUUGCGUGAGGGCGAAAUUUGUGAUUUUCUGGGUGAAAAUCCGGGAAAUUGGAUGAAAACCCGGGUUCAGGCGGCACGGUAGUGCUUGCACGGCAACAUGAACGACGAGGAUAACAUGUUCCUGAUGGACGAUGACACGGAGUCGCUGAAAGUGCUGCAAUCUUGGGGCCUUCAGCCGCGCACCGUGGAGCGUCUCUUGUACUGCGGCAUCGCCAAGAUUGUCCACCUCAAGCUGAUGAAGUCCUCGGACAUCGACGUGGUGUUCAACGAGGACACGCGCCUGGGCGAGAAGAUCCUGUUCAGAGAGUGCCUCAGCAUGUGGAAGGAACACAAUGGUAUUACUUCGAUGCCUCAAGAGACUAUGAGCAUGAACUGCCUGGACCUGACGCACGGCGAGUCGCCCAAGUACUCACCGCAGAACUCCAUGGAGUCACGCACGCUCACGCCGAUCCCCGUGAGCCUGCACCCGGCGCUGGGCAUCUUCAACCUUCGCGAGCUGCUGCGAAACACGAUGAAGGGCAUCAAGCUGCUGUCGUCCUACGAGAAGGACCACUCACUCACCAGCUCCGAGCAGCUGUACCUGUGCCAUGUGAUCGUGGACUUUCACAUGGCCUCGCGCCAGAAGAUGACCUCCAACGAGAUGGCCUACUACGCGCGCGAGAUCGUGAAGCUCUUCCCCACGGAAAACGAGAGCACGUAUUUCAUGCGACGGACGGGGGUUGGCGGCAAGAAGCCUCAGGGAAAGCUGUACUACAGAUACGCCAACACCGUCUUCAAGUUCAAGAAGGACGCAGAGAAGAGACGCGAGAGCAGCCCCUCAGACUUUGGAUAGCUCUCGUGCGAACGUGAAUGGCAGCCGAUGAUUUUCUAUUAGAAAAUACUUUACUAGCUUCUAUACUCAAUAUAGACUUUAGUUGUGUUAGAAGGACGUCCUGAAAGUAACGACAAAUUUUGAUAAAUCACUCCCUCGUUUCUAAUAGGUAUUAUAAUGCUUUUGAUAUACUCUGUGUACUGUAUAGAAUCAAGACUGCGUUUACCAGCUUUUUCGGGUGAGGGGAAAAGAGGAGAAAAAUCAAAAAUUUUGUUUUGAAAUUGCUUUAUGCAAAUCAUGUCUGGGCUUUACACCAAAAAAAUGACUUGAGAAUUUGAUAUUUCUCUAUAGAGAAAAUGCUCCAGUUAAAAUUCAGCCCUUUGACCCAGAAAAGAAACAAUAGGUAAUAAACGUUAGUUUUGAUGUAGAACAACUCUACUAGAUACUCCAUGAUUAGAUGAUUAGAGAGAUUAGAGACGAGAAGAAUAAUAAAAGUGUUUUGCGAUAGAAAAA